AUGACGGGAGACGACUGGGGGGAGAGGAGGACGCAGCGAGAGCGGGAGAGAGAAAGUUCGGAGGUGGAGGGACGACCACGACCCCGAAGCAGGAGACGUGAUGCCCGGGAACAUGAGGACGAAGACCAGCUCAGGAUUGUGUUGGUUGGGAAGACUGGAGUUGGAAAGAGUGCCUCAGGAAACACCAUCUUGGGGAGAACACAAGUUUUUUAUUCUACCGUUGAUCCCACUGGGGUAACAAAAGUGUCUCUGAAGGAAAGAGCAUAUUUUGAUGAGCACACUCUGGACGUAGUUGAUACUCCAGGACUCUUUGAUCCAAACAAAAACAAUAAGGAGUUGGUGGAAGUGAUCGCUACAUGCAUUGGUUUGGCUGCUCCUGGUCCUCAUGUCUUCCUCGUUGUACUCACUCCAGGCAGGUUCACUGAUGAAGAGCAACAAAGUGUGAAAAUCAUUCAGAAGAUGUUUGGAGAGGAGUCAUCACGUUACAGCAUGGUCCUGUUCACUCAUGGAGAUAACCUUGAGGCAGAUCGGGUUUGCAUAGAGCAAUUCAUUGCUAAAAGUCCUAAUCUCCGCGCCUUCAUCAAUGAAUGCGGUGGAGGAUACCAUGUCUUCAACAACAGAGUCAAUGAUCCAUCUCAGGUCAGAGAGCUGCUGAAGAAGAUCAACACAAUGGUGCAGAAGAAUGGAGGAAGCUACUACACCAAUGAGAUGCUUCAGAAAGCCGAGGCAGCCAUAUGGGACGAAAAAGAGAAGUUAAUGAGUGAAGACCCAAACGUGUCACCAGAGGAAGCAAGAAAGCGUGCAGAACAUGCUUUCAUUAAGGGGGCUCUUGCAACUGCUGCAGCUAUGUUUGGAGCCGCUGUAGGAGCUGGUGUUGAGAUGAAAGUGGGUGUAGUUGUUGGUGGAUUAGUGGCAGGACCAGUAGGGGCAGCAGUGGGAGCAGUAGCAGGUGUUGUUGUGGCCGCUGCUGUUGUGGCAGUGAAAAGUUUAAAAAAGAAAUCAGAUGAGUUGAAAAAGAAAUCAGAAGAAGUGGCAAAUUUAAUUAGUGGGACAUAA